GCAGCCGCCGCCGCCGCCGCGCCCCCUCCAACCGGAGGGACCGGUCACAGUACGUGACCUGCACUGUGAUCGUACUCUGCCUGGUAGCCCUGGCACUGGGCUACAUUUUCGUGACCACCGAACGCCCAACGUCCACGGCUACCACAACAGCGGCUAUCACUACUCCAGCACAGCUGGAGACGACCAGCUCGACUACCACGACUACCACAACUACCAUUCCAGGCACUAUCAUCUGUGUGACGGCAGCGGUCAGCGAUCCCGACAACAAGGCGGAGGCUCUGAAACAGCUAUGUUCAAAAGUUCUUGCUUUGAUCAGCUUUGACACACGUCAAAACUCCGUAAAAGAUUCGGAGGCCCUGGAAAAUAUGGAAAAGUACUUCUCAGGCAAGUUCCUUACUGGAAUAAAGAGUGAAGAGAACCAGGAGCUCAGUUUUCUGGACGUUGUGGUGAAAACCACAGAGUGGCGACUCACCAUGUCGCAUGGAAUUAUGGAAGUGAAUCUGACACAACAAACCGCCAGCAACUUUAAGGAAGCAGCAGUCAAACUGAAACAACUAGAAAUAAUUGGCCUAAGCUCGACAUCUGAAUUAGAUGCAGCCCUGGAAAACCUGCCGCUUAUCAAUGAACUGAAAAUAAUCACUGUGAUACCGGAAUGUGAAGCCUUCAGCUGGAAUGAAAUGAAAGUCCUCGCACUCGCUAAUGCAAUGAAAAGUCAAAUUCAGAAAUCCUUUGCUCUAUCUCUUUCUGCGGCACUAUGGGUGCCUGGAAUUCCGGACAGUCAAGGCGCAAAAUGUGAGUGGACAGACCGCACACCGGGUAUUCUGACAUGCAUGAAAGAAGGGCGCGCCUUCGAUCAAUGCAGAUUCGAAGGAAUGGUCAUGGUCGACAAUCGUACCAUCUUUGCACUGGUGAACUAUGCAAGGUCAAAGAACAUCAACACCUUUUGCAUACGGAGCGCUCAAAAUAUCUUGGACACACUUUUCCUCAACCGCCCGUUCCGACUGUUAAAUUUUACCUUGUCACCUGUACCGGCGAAAAAUCGGCUGGCACCAAGCAUGCCUCUACGGGAACUGGGUCUCGAUGAUUCACAAUCAAGUGGAUCGGGCUUGCCAGCCAGUGGGGCAACCUCGAUCAAGGUGUCCGACGCUGAUCCAGAGGGAAGUGGAAUGUCUUUGGAAGCCGCGGAAUACCACGGCAUGUCCGGCGUGGCGAAAAUGUCCUCCUCGGAUGCCAAGUCUGCCAAGCGAAUCAAGAAUCCCCGGAGAGGUUCCAUGGCGUCGUCGGUGCCAUCUAUUCCAGCGAUUCAUGAGACUGAAAACUGGCCGGCACCUACUUCUGCAACGCCGGUGUCGACGGCGUCGUGCGACCCUGCAGAAGGGUGUACGCAGACGUAACAAGUUUCAUCUGCAAGAUUGUAGGGUCAUCGGGUACACAAUUAACUUCAGCCAUGGUUUUGUCCAAGCACAAAUAAAGCGAAAC